CAUGAUGCCCCGCGUGUCCCGUUGCCAGGAUACGUAAAAGUCCACAAAGGCCAGCUGGACGCCGAUAAGCGAGUUUGGUUGAAGUCAGAGGAAAGAUCCGCCGGGCUCCCAUGGAGCGGAGUGACCGGGAGAGAGGAGGCCAGCUGCUGAGGAAUCAGCCAUACGACGAGAGCCUGGAGGUGGCGGACGCCGAGGAUAUACCGAGCGUGUACAGCCCGACUCCCCGCAGCCAGACCCAGGCGGAGCUGAGGAGGAGCAGCAGGAGGGUUCGCAGCCUGAUGUCGGCCCACAGCAGCAGCGACGAGUUCGAUGAGGACCGUGGGAGGCCCAGGGAACCCGCGGGCAGGCAGGCGGAGGACGAGGAGGAUGAAGAAGAGGACGAGGAUGACGAUGAUGAUGACGACGAUGAUGACUCUGAAGAGGAUGAAUCCGAGGAGGACGGAAAGUCCCACAAGGCGCCGGAAGGCCUGUACAAUCCUGCCGACUACGCCAACCUGCCCGUCAGCACGGAUAUCAAAGAGCUGUUCCAGUACAUCACACGCUACACCCCCGAGUCCAUCGAGCUGGACCACAACCUGAAGCCGUUCAUCCCGGACUUCAUCCCUGCGGUGGGAGACAUCGACGCCUUCCUCAAGGUGCCGAGGCCCGACGGCAAAGCGGACAACCUGGGGCUGCUGGUUCUGGACGAGCCCAGCGUGAAGCAGUCGGACCCCACAGUGCUGUCGCUGUGGCUGUCGGAGGAGACCAAGCAGCACGGAGCCACUGAGCUGAAGAAGGUGACGAGUGUAGCCAAUCCUCAGAGCAGCCCGCGGGUGUUGGACAGCUGGGUGGAGAGCAUCAGCGCCCUGCACCGCUCCAAGCCUCCGGCCAGCGUCCAGUACGGCCGCCCGAUGCCCGACAUCGACAGCCUGAUGCAGGAGUGGCCGGCCGAGCUGGAGGAGCAGCUGGGUCGCCUGCAGCUGCCGUCCGCCCGCCUCAACUGCGACCUCCCGCAGUACGUCGACAUCAUCUGCGGCCUGCUCGACAUCCCCGUCUACAACAACCGCAUCCAGUCGCUGCACCUGCUCUUCAGCCUCUACCUGGGGUUCAGAGACUCGCAGCACUUCAUACGCAGAGCGUAGACAGGAAGCACGACGUCUGGCAGAGUCACUGAAGUCUGCUGAAGAAGUGAAAACUGGCUCCAGAUGUGCCUGAUGUUCUGCUCGUGUCUGACUCCUGUUAGAGGUUAAAACUUGUUUUAUACCUGAGAAACUGUCGUUCUGGUCCUGUUCUUCACUCCCUCUGUUUGCUCUCCAAAAUAAAAGUCUGUCUUCCAGGUGGGUUCACUCAGCUCCCAUCUUGAAGCUUUAUCUAAACUAAGUUUGCUUUCAGUGCUCACAGGGACAGAGAAACUACAGAGUCUGACUCAAACUCUUCAAGUUUGCCCCAGAAUACCAAUAAAAGCUUCUUUUUCUGCUGGAA